GCCCCGGCUCCUCCUGCCCAACAGCCACCGCAGGCCCACUAACAUAGACAUGGCAGACCCCGCCCCGACCACCCCCGCGCCCGCCCCGACCCCGGAAGAGCUCUCGCAAGAGACGCUCGACUUUGCGCGCAGCGUCUUCAACGCCGCGCGCAAGGGCGAUCCCACGCUCCUCCAGGCCGUCGACGCGGGGCUCCCCGCCAACCUCACCAACGAGCAAGGCAACACGCUCCUCAUGCUCGCCGCCUACAGCGGGCACCCCGCGCUCGUCACGGGCCUCCUCGCGCGCGGCGCGGACCCGGACCGCGCGAACGACACGGGCCAGACGCCGCUCGCGGGCGCGGUCUUCAAGGGUGAGGACGCCGUCGUGCGCGCGCUCCUCGCCGCCGGCGCCAACCCGCGCGCAGGCACCCCGUCUGCGAUCGACACCGCGCGCAUCUUCAAGAAGGCAGAGCUCCUCGCGCUCCUGGGCGCGACGGACGCGGACCUGCGCGACCCGCUGCCUGCGAUGCCGGGCCCGCCGGGGCGCGCGUAG